AUGGCACUGUCUUGGCGUGAUGGCACAUUACGUGACCUAGCCCCGCGAUGGUUAUUACCUUCUGACGUGGACGUCCAUAGGCCUUCAGCCAUCGCGUUACUUAUUAAGGAGAGAAUCCUUCUUAUUACUUGUAAUAUUAGCGUGGAAAGUACGAGACUCUUGAACUCUGGUGCUUUCCACGCUAGGCCAAAUAGGGUUGUGUCUAGAAUAAAAUGA